AUGGCGCUUCCCAUCGCGGCUGGCAUUCUUGCCGGGUGCGGGUUCUACUAUAUUUCCCGUGUCGCCCCACGAAUCGCGCAGCGGGUCUCCGCUUCUGGAGCGCAAAGUGCACCUUCGCGUUUUCUAAACAGCGCCAAGCAAUAUCACAAGUUUGAGUGCGGAUUCCAGUCCCCCAUGACGGAGUACGAAGCCUACCUGCUUCUCGGAUUCAAGGAGAGCGAGGCAGGCGCCAUUUUUCACCGCCCGCCACCCGAGGAGGUGAAGAAGCGAUACCGGAACAUGAUGAAGGUCUUUCACAGCGAUGCUAGUGGAACAUCCUACAUCGCGACAAAGCUGAACGAGGCGAAAGACCUUCUCAUCAAAUGA